AUGGAUAAUAUCAAACACUACUCCAAGAAUGUAGAUUCAGGUAAGGAGGUAAAACAAAAAUCCAGCAUAACACUUCUUUUAUUUCUAUGGAAGGAGCGGUCCUUCCUUGACUUCGUCGUCGAGGAGAACUUCAGAAGGAGCGGCGAGUGUAAUCUGCGCAUCGCUCGAGAGGAAUUCUUUCCUGCGGGAUUCGGUUGGAUUCACCAAAAAGGAGAUGGCAUUGGGAAACUCUUCAACAAGGAAUUCAUACUUAUGCAGCAAACAGGCCUCUUCAUGAAGUGGAAGCUGCAGUACUGGCCGAGGACGAACAAAUGCACUAAUGGCGGGGGCAAAUCCGUCAUGCAGGUCAGUUCCUAAAGCCAUUUCUAGGUACGUCAUGCAAGUAAUGUCAGGGUGUAAGAUAGCUUCUAGGGGUGACUUUUAGGUCUGUUCUGCAGUUACUUUAUCCGCCGUGUAGAUCACUUCUAGGAUUGCUGUACAGGUCACUUGUAGGAUUGUUUUACAGAUCAAUUCUAGGUCCGCCAUGCAGGUCAUUUCCAGGUCUAGUCACUCUCAGGUGCGGGUUUUCACUUUCAACGCGAACUAAAGGAAUUAAAUAAGAAAGCAAGUGGUGAGUACUUCUUUGCUAUAAAGACAUUAAUUAUGUCUAUCAUAUUAUUACUGUUACCAUUAUCAUUACUCCAGGGUCGACAGGAAUUACUGAUUAUUCAAAGGGUGUCCUCCUUCAUUUCAUCCUGAAAAAUAAUAAAUAAAAGAUAGCCUCUUGCUCUCCAUGUCUUCGGGAAAAUAUGUUGGACGCAAAAUUUUGCAG